AUGCCUUUCCUUCGUACAUUGAUUCUCUUGGCCUUCGCGGCGCACUGGACGCCUAUUUCUGCGCAGAGUAGCACGACCUUCGACUGGAGCAAUCUCAACUCGACCGCGAAUCUCGCUUGGGUCGACUGCUACUCACCCCCCUUCCAAUGCACCCGGCUGCAGGUUCCACUGGAUUAUUCAGACCUGUCGAUUGGCAACGCGGGAAUCGCUAUCGUCCGUCUCCCUGCCACCGUCAACAGGUCCUCCACGGAAUACCUCGGCCCGCUCCUGUUCAAUCCCGGCGGACCCGGAGGCAGUGGCGUUGACUCGAUGGUCCAACUUGGACCGCUCUUCCAGCAGGUGAUAGGGGGCCAAUACGACUACGUUGGAUUCGAUCCGCGUGGUGUCUCGUUCUCGACUCCGGCGGCCAACAUAUUCUUCAGUGCCGCGGAGAGAGCCCAAUGGACUGCGGGACUGUAUCCAACGUCGCUCAAUGCCUCGUCGGAAGCGCUGUUGAGACACUGGGGUCUUUCGCAGGUUCUUGGCGAGUUGGCAGAGAAACGUGACCAGACGCAGAUCUUCAAGUACAUGUCAACGGAUAACGUCGCUCGAGAUAUGCUGUAUAUCACACAGAAAGCCGGAUUCGAGAAAAUCAGCUACUAUGGGAUCUCCUAUGGGACCGUUCUUGGCGCGACUUUCGCUGCGCUCUUUCCCGAUAAGAUCAACCGCAUGAUCAUCGACGGGGUCGUCGAUGCCGAAGCUUGGUACAGCGCCAAUUUGACUAUCGAAUCCACCGACACCGACAAAGUGCUCGAAUCAUUCUUCACUGGAUGCGCCACCGCAGGCCCGACGCUCUGCGCAUUCCACGCGGCGACGCCCGUGGCCAUCAGCGCACGCUUGGAGAACCUCACCAACGCGGUCCGCGCGAAACCCGUGCCGGUGGUCACCCCCGCGGGCUACGGGCUCGUCGACUACUCUCUCCUGCGCUCGGUCAUCUUCCAGUCGCUCUACGCCCCGUACGACACCUUCCCGGCCCUUGCGCAGGGGCUCGCGGCGCUCGAGGGCGGCGACGGGUCGUCGAUAUUCGGGCAGUCCUCCCUCGCGCAGCCUGUUUUCCAGUGUUCCCCGAACGACACCUCGAACAGUAUCGGCCAGGAUGCAGGGCUAGGUCCGGUCGAGUGUGGGGACUCGGUGGAGAUCACGGACUCGCUUGCUGAGUUGACGGAUGGGUGGCUGGCCGCAGCCAAGGUUUCACGCUUCGCCGAGUUCCUUGCGGGAUCGUUCAGAAUCCAGUGCGCGGGUUGGAAGAUCCGGCGGCAGGGCCGUUUCCUCGGACCGGUUUCUGCUGCCAACACGAGCUUCCCGCUCCUGAUUGCGACGACUGUGGCAGACCCUGUCGCUCCGGCGAUCGCCGCGCACAACACCCAAUCUCGGUUCCCCGGCUCGGUCCUGCUCACGCAAAAUUCCCCGGGUCACACGACAUUCACAACCUCCUCCGUGUGCACGUUGGGCCAUUACCGUGCGUAUCUGCUCAGCGGUGCUCUGCCCCAGGAUGGCACAACCUGCGAGCCCCAGGCUACGCUGUUCUCUGGGAAUCAGUCCACGGCCCGGCGCGACAUCGAUGAUGCGAUGGAGAGCUUCAGUGCCACUGGGCGGGAGGUCUUGAUGAAAGCCAAGACGAUGAGAUUCGCGUAUUGAAUGGAGUCUUAGUCACUCGAGUGCUUGUCCUCCGAACUCUCUCCCCAGUCAAAGCAACUCGUACGAUUUCUGCGUCCGUCGCGGACUGGUACCUGGUACCGAUCACUUCUUAUGAAGCUGAAACGGAUAGCGAAAACUAAGUCAAGA